CUUCUGCGCUGAAAGAUUUGCUGCUGCCACGAGAUAGACAGUCCUUCGGAAUACGAAGGACUUGGUCUGAGGUAACCGUGACGGACGUUUCCGCCAGCAGCGAAUUAGGUCAGAUCGAACGGAGAAGAAGCUCUGCGUCGAAUGAUUUCCGGCCUUCCGUCAUCGUAGAGCGGCAUGUGUGGGAUUCUCGACUCGUGAAAUCGAUGUUCUCCGGAAACUGCGGAGGCCGAUUGGGGAGUGAAGACACUGCACAGCGACAUCGAGAGAGUUUUGGCAAACGGGCAAUGAGCUCGGAAACAUCACCCUGGCAAGAGAAUCGAGGAUCAAAUCUGUACCAGAUCGGCCGCUCCGGAAGAAGAUAGUUCGCCCAGCAGAUUUGAACGUGGCAUUGAACUUUGAGCGGAGGAACGAGUACUGGAUGUUCAUCGAAUCGGAAUCCAGGCGCAGACGUUCGUGGAAGGUGGUGUCCGAGGAGAGAGGAUGAUGGCUUGUUAGGUCAAUCCAGGUACCUGAUUUCUUCAAGGGGUUCUGGGUUCUGGCUGCUCGUGAUCAAGUGGAAGAUUGCAAUGCAUCCAGCAGCGGAGGAUGUCCAUGUUUUGGACGGGGGCAAUCUCGAAGGAGGCGGUCAGAUCCUUCGAAACAGCGUGUCGUACAGCGCGCUGCUUCGGAAGCCGAUUCGAAUUGCCGCCAUUCGAGUGCACCGCUCACCGCCGGGUCUUCGAGCGCAGCAUCUGAAGGGGAUCGAGCUGGUGCAGGAGCUUUGCGGAGCAGAGCUCGUCGGCGGUGCGGUGUCUUCCGAGGAGUUGCUCUUCCGGCCGGGCCCGCUCGCACCGGCGGGCAUCGAAGUGUGCGCCGACACCCAAACCGCGGGCUCCAUCACGCUGCUCAUCCAAACCAUUCUGCCGGUGCUGCUGUUCCAGCCCCCGGCGCAGGACGAUCCCGAUGCCGGAGGUGUCCGGAAUGCGACCACAGUUGUGCUGAAGGGCGGCACGAACGCGACGCACGCUCCGCAGGUCGACUACUUUCUGCACGUCUUCCUUCCCGUCGCCGGGAGGAUGUUCGGCGGCGACCGGGUGUCGGCCACCGUGAGGCGCCGCGGGUACUACCCCAAAGGCGGGGGCGAAGUGGUGCUGGAGGUGCGGCCUCUGGCGCCCGGCAAGACGCUCGACGGGAUCAGUCUGACGGAGCGCGGCGAGGUGACGAGAAUCAGAGGGUACAUUUACGUCGGCGGGGUUCUGCCCAUCUCCAUGGCCUGGGAAAUGCACAAGAAAGUGCUGCAAGAGCUGAAGGCGGCCAACUUCACCGCCGAUCGGUUCCCGACGCUCGAGACGGAUCUCUUCGUGUGCAAAGAGCGCAACGCGGCCGGAGGAGGCAGCGGUGUGGUGAUCUGGGCGGAAACCGACACGGGGUGCAUCUUAGCAGGCAGUGCCCUAGGCGAUCGAAGCAAGACUUCGAAAGCCGUAGCGGUCGAGGCUUGCGCAGAGCUGAUUCGGCAUCUAGAAACUGGGGGCUGUGUCGACGAGUAUCUGCAGGAUCAGCUCAUCAUCCUCAUGGCCCUUGCAGAGGGUCCAUCGCGAGUUCUCGCGGGUCCGAUUUCUCUGCACACUCAGACGGCUAUCUGGGUUGCGAAGGAGCUGACGGGCGUCGAAUUUAGCGUCGAAAAAGUAAAUGAUACGACAUGUUGGAUUCAGUGUGAAGGGAUAGGAUACACUUGUCAGAGUCCUUACUGAUCCAUCUCGAACACCCGCUUUCAAUAUUAAGCUUUCCCUGUUUCGACUCCGAGCUUCACUUUGAGGGUUCCUGCGAAGCGGGAAGGUUACCUUACAUUUAAACAGCAGAGUUCACUUAUAAUAAAAGUAAAGUAAUUUGGCCUC